AUGCCAUCUGCAACCGAAUCACUUCGCUGGGUCAAGUACGACGAUGUCUACUACGCCUCGCUGAUUGUGCCGGACCACGACGCACCGAUGCCCGUGGAAAGUGGACAUGUGUUUGUGUACUUUCUUGGCACUGAAAGCGGUGCCGUUGUGCCGAUUGGCGACACGUCUCCGUACGACCCGCAUGACACGUCACGGACAAGUCAUCCUGCUGCCGCGGCGGGUGUUCUUGUGGCACAACAAAUCAUUGCGGGGGCAGAAGCAGCAGCUCAAGAAGAACUAUCAAAAGGAGGUGGAGAGGAGACAGGGGGUGGCAGGAGGAAGGCGAAGGAGAGAGAGAUUCCAAAGAAGAAGGAAAAGAGUGGUAAAACGAAGCAUCAUCGCAAAGAAGAUUUAAAUGCCUUGAGGAGAAGGGCAGCAGAGGAAGAAGAAGAAGAAAUGGAAGCGGAAGUGGAAGAGGCAGAAGAAGACAGGGUGUUGGAGAAAACGUUAUCCAUGCUUAAUAAAAGGAGUAGAAGGAAUCAAAAGGAGAGGGAUCAGGAGGAGGAAGAGAAUGCCUUGUUGCGGAUUGAUGCUUAUAGGGGUAGUAAGAAGUCUCAUGUUACUGUUGAAGAUGAGGAGCAAGAUCAAGAACAAGAAGAAGAAGAUAGCAAGAGAAGUAACAAAGAAGUGAGCAACGAGGAAGUUGAGCAGAGAAAUCGUUGGGAUGAUAUGGCGGAAGAUCUUAAUCUCACCAUGCAAUCCAGUGUUGGUGGUGGCAGAGGCACUCAUACCAGGAGUACUAGCAAACGACAUGCAGAUGCUUACCCGGUUUCUUUGGAUAGCGGUUCCAUUGUGGUGCCUUUCCUUGCGGAGAUACGUCAUUAUUACCGCGCGGUACUUCAAGAGGCAGUGGAGAGUGAUCGUAUUGUGAAUCUACAGGAAGCAGAACUUGUUCGUAUGAUAGAAAGUGCGUUGCUUCAACGGCGUGGCGAAUUGAUUUACGUCCAGCAGAUGUUACAGGACGUAGAGGCGGAGUAUCAUACGGUGGCUGGUGGGGACCCAAGCUAUGCCUCGGACAGGGACACCGCACUGCUCGAGGAAGCGGAGGCCCUUCGCAGCCAAUUGGCUCAACUCAAGUCUUCUUUUGAUAUUGAAGACAUGAUUAAGAAACAUCUCCAUCUUCGGGAUAAACUGCCAGAGCGGCGAGAACGCAAACGCCCUGGCGUUGCUGCUGCUGGCAACUCUACCUUCGCCGACGCAUCCCUUGCAUUUGUUUUAGAUGUGCAGGCCUCCACCGCCAUGCCGCGUGAGCUGACGCAACAGUUGGCACAUCGUUACCGUGAGCAGCGUGUGCGCCGUGAGCGGCUCCUUGCCUCGCAGCAUGGAAUUGGAAAGAUUGGAUUUUCCGCGCCAGUGACUCGUGUAAUGGAGAAGUGGCGGCAGUCGCGUGAGUUGAUGGUGCUUGACCCGCGUCGGGAGAGUCAACCCGUUUCUCGCCGCUACUCUGAGAGCCUCGCAAAGGUGGAGCGACAUGCCAUAAAGUGUCUUUCAGCCGCAAAAGGAUCGUCAAAUCAGCUGUUCUCUCUGUACCUGUUGCAACAAGGACAAAGACAACCACAACGCGCCUCGAGGAACCUUUACAACUUUCAUGAGUUUCACGAAGAUGAGGAGGAAGAGGCGAGGCAGCGUCAGACGACAGCCAUGUAUCAAGUAAGCAGCAGUCAUCCGUACACACCAUUUGCUGGUAUGCAGAAUGACACGGAUGAUAUUGCGCAUGAUACGUUCCAGGCCCCACUUAUUUCACCGUUACGAACGAGUUUUGAUCCACGUGCGACCUUCGCAGUGGAUUUGGGAGAGAUCCGGCAGGGGAACACGCUUGCAGAGCAGCUAGCGAUGCAGAGCAUGCAGUAUAGCCACAGCAUUUGUCUCCCAUCUCAGGAAUCGGUGUGGGAAAACAGUGAGGUUUACGAAGGUGCGCAGCGAAGACGCACCGGGCGACCGAUGAGCCGUGCUGGAUCCAUGUCUCGGGCGUCAUCACGGGCCUCUUCCGUUGCACGCGAGCAUACUGACGCCACUUUCAAAAAGAAUAGCACCCACCGUAAUAAUAAUAAUAAUAGUAACAAUAAUAAUGUGAAAAACAGAAAUGAGCGACACUCACGGAAUGAUUGGCGGGCCUCAGCCAAGCGUGCAAUUCUUGAGCAGCUCACAUUGUACUUGCGAGGAAUCCGUGGAAAGCCCACCGUGCUCAACAAGGAUCAAUUUCAGUUUGUCGCGAAGAAGCUCCUAGAAAGAGCAGUAAGAAUUGAGUCCGAACGUACUGGCAUUUCCAUGUCGCUUCAAGCAAAUAACGCGAAUGCUCCUUUUACGAAGGACAUUGAGGCCCGCUUGCGCAAGUCAGUGGAUAAUUACGUCGUGCGCCACUUUGUCACCACCCGCACUCCUGAGCCACAAAAGAGGAACCGGGGUGCUGAUAUAGGAACGGCAUCCAUGGAUCAGUGGGUGACAUCUACUCGUGAUAUGACAAGGAAACAAGAGGAUGGCGAUGAGACGCGAUCUCUCAUGGGCGCAUAUCCGCAUUCCCACAACUCACCGGUAUACGAUGAAUGGUGA